AUGCAAGAAUAUGAAACGCUGACCUGUGUACGGUUUGUCAAUUGGACCACAGAGACUGACUACAUUGACAUUGCAUCUUCAGGAGGCUGUUUAUCAUACAUUGGACGAAUUGGGGGUGCACAGUCUCUUCUGAUUUAUUCACCUGGCUGUAUGCAGCGAGCGAUUAUACAACAUGAGCUACAGCAUGCGCUGGGAUUUUACCAUGAAAAUGCCCGAAUUGACAGAGAUCAGUAUAUCAUCGUUAGGACAGAAUAUAUCAUUCCAGAACUUCUAUACAAUUUUAACUUGGUGACGGAAGGAGAUAUGUUGGGCCUACCAUAUGACUACACUUCUGUUAUGCAUUAUGACAAGUAUGCAUUCACCAUUAAUGCAAGUGAGCCCACAAUCAUACCUACACCUAAUCCAGAUACAGACAUUGGACAAAGAUAUGGAUUGACUGUUUUGGAUGUCAAAAAAGUUAACAAGCUCUAUAACUGUUCUGUGUGCAGUAAGUUGUUGAAUGAAACAUGGGGAAAUUUCUCAUCAACCGACUUUUCCACUGAAUAUCCUACCACGGGCUGUGUUUGGCUGAUCCGAGUUCCUGAUGGACAGGUUGCCCUCACAUUCACAUAUUUCAAUAUCCAGAACACUGAGUGUGUCCCUAACUACAUGGUGAUUUAUGAUGGACCCACCAAGAAUUACCCCUUGUUAGUGGACAGAGCCUGUGGAACUGUUCAGUAUCCUACAAUAAUUUCCUCCACAGACCAAAUGCUUAUUGAAUUCGUCAGCCAUGACUCUGAUCCCUCUGCAGGAUUCACUGCUUCAUAUAAAACCGUCCAAUGUGGUGGAUUUUACUCUGGUGCUGUAAGACAGAUCACUUCUCCAGGGUACAAUACUGGUGAAUAUCCACCUAACCUGAACUGUAAUUAUACAAUACUUGCACCUGUUGGAUAUCAGGUGAGACAUUUUUUGUUUUUGUUUUUUUUUUUUUUUUUUUUUUUUUCACUUUAG